AUGUUGAUAUGUCCAAAAUGUGAUGUGGAGCAAAUUCCACCUGAUAUUCUUCUGAGUUUCCCACCACCACCGACAGUAACAUAUACAACUCCGAGUCCAGGCAACAAUCAUACUAUUGCUCCAAAACCUAUUUCAGCAUCAACAGCACAGCCAGCACCUACGACUGCAACUAUGCAAAAUCUGCCUAAUAUUCUUCCGAGUUUCACGUCUUCAAGCUCAGGAAAUAACGAUAACAAUAAUCAGCCGAAUUCUUCCGGAAAUAAUCCACCUGCAUCAGUAACGCAACUUCCGCAACAAAUUAAUUACUACCACUCCACUUUGGAUAAUUCUUCUGUACAAACAAUUACGACCGUUGUGCCUUUAUCAAAAGUAGUAGUUAUUCCGACAACUAGUAGUCCAUCUAAUAAUAGUGCCAAUUCAUUUCUGCUCAUUGAUGCGAGUUUCGAUUUUCUCUUUUGGUUCAAACAAAUAUCAAUCAACUUGCUUCAAAUCGAUGCAAAGUACACUGUACGCGAUAUCCAAUACACUGCCGAAGUACAAAAAUCUUUAGCGAUGCUUAUUUGCUGUGGUCUCGUUUGGCGCGAUGAGGUAUGCUCGAAAAACCUACCAAUGCGUUAUGGAGUAUAUCUAUACUACGCACGGCGCCGAAUGUCGGCCUAG